AUGUCCUCCAAAUCAAGCUCUUCACGCUCAACACCCACAAAAAGACUCCUAACCGAACUCGGCGCCCUCCAGUCUUCACCCCACCCUCUAAUCCAACUCGCGCCCUCCUCACCCUCUAAUCUCCUCGCCCUCUCCGCCAUCCUCCUCCCCUCGCCAUCCCUCCCCUCCACCUCUGGCUAUGCCAACGGGCGCUGGCUCCUCUCCAUCAGGAUCCCAGCCAACUACCCAUUAGUAGCACCAAAUAUCAAGUUCGUGACGCGGAUAUGCCAUCCCAAUGUAUCGUGGGAUACCGGCGAGAUAUGUAUGGAUUUGCUGGGGAAGGAAUGGACGCCUGUGCUUGGCGUGGUGGGCGCGUUGGAGGCGGUGGGGAGACUGCUUGGGGAGGGAGGCGUGGACAGUCCGUUGAAUGUGGAGGUUGCGGCGUUGGCCAGGCAGGGUGAUGUUGUGGGGACGAGAAGUUUGGUUGGGUGGUGGACGGGGGAGGAGAGGUUUGAGGGGACUUUGGAUGAUGUUGUUGAGCGGUAG